AUACAGACGGUUGGCGCUCCGCUACCACCCAUGUCUGGCUAAAACAGAUGAAUUUAAAGAACGCUUUGAAGCAAUAUCCGAGGCGUAUGAUGUUCUGUCCGAUCCCAAAAGGAGGGCUAUAUUCGACCAGUUUGGUGAAGAGGGUUUAAAAAACCGUGCCCCCUUUGAGUCCCAAUGGACAGAACCUUACGUUUACCAUGGAGACCCUCACAAAACGUUCACCAAUUUCUUUGGCAGUGACAACCCCUUCUCACAAUUUCAGGAUGAAAUGGAUUUUCAAGCAAAAAACAAUUUCGGUGGUACCAUGGGUCGUGGGCAACCCCGUCAAGACCCACCUAUUGAGAGGGAAAUGUUUCUAACCCUUGAAGAAAUCUACAACGGUUGCAUCAAGAAAAUGAAGGUGUCGAGAAGA